AAGAAAAAAGAAAAAAGAAAAAAAGAAACCCAGUCCCUCGAUUCCGGUGGCAUCUCCUAACCCUACCCGUCCACGGCGGCGCGCCCCCUAACUCGUGUCCUACUGUAUAAUUGAUUGCCGAGAGAUUAAGCUACAGGGCUCGAGGUGGAUGGCGCCUUCCACAUCCGAGCGAGAGCACAACAGUGAGGCGAGCAGCAGCGGAGUGGGCUCAAAAUCGAAGGAGAAGGAGCGGCCAAGGUCCUUUGACGAGAAGACCCGGACUGCGUGCUGGCGGAAGGCGGCGGUGCUGACAGGGCGACACCCAGAGCGGUGGCGGCAGGACGCCGCUGGCAACGUAGUAUGUCGCCGCUUCUGGAGCUGCCACGGCUGCCUCUGCUAUGAAUACGAUCACAUCGUUCCAUUCUCCAAAGGAGGAGAAUCUACUGUUGAGAAUUGCCAGAUCCUUCAGACUAGGGUGAACCGUUCCAAGUCUGAUAAAGCAUGGGUGGAGAAGGCAGAGAUGCAAGGUUUUUCCUGCGAUAUCAAGUUCACAGACAAGGAGCUUGAUGUAAUCGAGAUGGCAGUCUAUGGGGAUGUCAUUCGUCCUGGCAAACAAUGUCGCUGCAAGACAGUAGCUGAGAUGCUUGGACAGGUGAAAUCAAAGAAUCAAAUGGCUGCUUGCAAUUUACCAACAUAAUGAUGCCUCCUAAGAUGAAGACCAUUUAGACCCAUGCCCUUCUGUUGGGGAGGGCAAUCAUUGUCGAACUGCUGAUUACAUUAUGUUAUUGAUUGAUGAUCUCUGUUAAAUUGGCAUCAUUAUCUUUAGCACAAUAAGCACAUCUAUAGAGCAAUCCAAGCUCAUAAGUGCAAUUAUAUUGUGCUUGUCAGGAACUUGGGUGACAAUUAACAUAUUAACUGUAGAAUUAUUAACUUGAUAACACCAUUUAUCAAGAGUUCUGUCAAAGUAUUGUGCUUUUAGUAAUAUAUCCUCUUUUGCUGUUGUGUA